UUUUGUGAUUCUCUAUUCGUUGCCGACUGGCCAUAUAUAAGCUGCGGCUCCUACCCUUUUUGUCCGCAACAAAACUCUUACCUCUACCAUCUGAAAGCUCCGACCCCAGCUUCUCUUCCCAAAUUCCCAAUCCAUCUACUCCCCUUUUCUUCCUUAUCUUAUCCAAGUAAGUUGGCAGUUUAGUCUGCUGCGUCUGCAGUUUGUCAAAGUGGAGGGUGUUAGUUUUGAAUCUUCUUUUAUGUCUGAACGGGCCUCUCUCUUUUUGUCAUCAAUUGGAUUACUUGGAGAGUACUGCCCCACGUCCAGGAAAAAGAAUAGAAGUUCCUCUUGUGAAGUUAUCUGCAUGCAUAUUGAGGCCAAUAACACACACUGUCUUGGUUGCCGUUUUAUGCGACCUCUUCCAAGUGCAAGAAAGCUGUCUGGAAAAGGAGGAUUUCUCACCACAAUUCAAAACACCAGUAUCUGAUCAGUGCCCUUUCUGAUUAUCUCUCUCCUACAGUUUGAUUAAGAUGGCUUUGCAAAAUAUUGGUGCUGCGAACAGUGAUGAUGCCUUUUAUAGGUAUAAGAUGCCAAAAAUGAUGACCAAGAUUGAAGGGAGAGGAAAUGGUAUCAAGACUAACGUGGUUAACAUGGUUGAGAUUGCAAAGGCUUUGGCCAGACCUGCUUCUUACACUACAAAGUAUUUUGGUUGCGAACUGGGAGCCCAAUCUAAGUUUGAUGAGAAGACUGGAACUUCACUUGUAAAUGGGGCUCAUGACACUGCCAAGCUUGCAGGGCUUCUUGAGAACUUCAUUAAGAAGUAUGUUCAGUGCUAUGGCUGUGGGAACCCUGAAACUGAGAUUAUUAUUACUAAGAUGCAGAUGAUUACCCUGAAGUGUGCUGCAUGUGGGUUUGUUUCUGAUGUUGACAUGAGGGAUAAGCUUACAACUUUCAUUCUUAAGAACCCACCUGAGGCGAAGAAGUCUUCAAAAGACAAGAAGGCGAUGAGGAGGGCUGAAAAGGAAAGACUUAAGGAGGGUGAGGCUGCUGAUGAAGAGUUGAAGAAGAUUAAAAAAGAGUCAAAGAAGAAAGGUACCUCUACUACUUCAAAGGAUGCUGCUUCCAAAGGUGCAGCAACCAAGAAGAAAAGCAAAAAUUCUGAUGAGGAUCACUCCCCUGCACACAGCCAGGCUGAUGAGAAUGAACAGGUGGCCAGUGAUGACGACAACGAUGAUGUGCAGUGGCAAACAGAUACUUCACUAGAGGCUGCUCGACAACGUAUCCAACAGCAGUUGAGUGCUGUUACUGCAGAUAUGGUGAUGCUUUCUACCAAUGAAGAGAAGAAAAAGACUGUGAGGAAGUCUCCAGAGCGUGAGGGCAAGGUUCAUGAGAAUGGUGUCAGUGCCCAUGAGAAACUUGUUCAUGAGAUAAUGGAAUACCUCAAGAAAGGGUCCCCUGCAACUCAGCUUAAAUCGUUCCUAGGUUCACUCUCUGGAACCUCCCAAGAAGUCAUGGAUGCACUGUUUGUAGCACUAUUUCAUGAUGUCAAGAAGGGAUUUGCAAAGGAAGUGACCAAAAAGAAGAGCUACUUGGCAGCAGCAAUUCAGGAAGAGGGAUGGCAGAUGGUGCUCCUCCAUUCUAUUGAGUCUUUUUGUGGCAAGGCUAGCCCUGAGGCAGCGAAGGAGGUGGCUUUGGUUCUUAAAGUGCUGUAUGACAAUGACAUUUUGGAAGAAGAGCUUAUCAUGGAGUGGUACCAGAAGGGUGUAGCUGGUAGCAAUAAGAGUUCUCAGAUUUGGAAAAAUGUCAAGCCUUUCAUUGAAUGGCUCCAGAAUGCUGAGUCCGAGUCAGAAGAGGAGUGAUUCUGAAGCUCUUUGGCAUAGUUGCAUUUAUAAUGCUUAUACCAGACAUGCUACUUUUCCUACAAAAAGAGAAUAGUUAUAGAUAUAAGUGUGUGGCGACAGUCAGUUUGUUUAAAUAAAGGGCAGUGAGCGAGCUCCUGCGUGCUCUCUGUUCUGUUGCGUUGUGAUUACUAGUUGUUGUUACCGAUUUGAGUCUGGUGUUCUGAUUUGCUUCAUCUGACUUUGUGUCUGCGUGCUUAAAACUAUAUGAAGUUGAAUUGAGUUUGCUACUUUUUCA